GCCAUGAGAUAUAUAUCCAUGUUGUUUCGGCGUUGCAUUGAACCACCAAAUUUCUCCACUUCUGGGUGACGGUAGAGCGCGUCAUGAUAUCAGUCUCAUUUAUUUUCUUCGGUUUCUGUUCUGCUAUUGCUCUAUUACUCACAAGUUAUGUUGUAUACCAUGUCACUAUAGCACCCCGGUUCAAUCCCCUCAGAAAGUUGGCUGGACCACCAUUAAAUGGGCCACUGCACAACCACAUGUCACCUGUUCUCGACCCAUUCAGGUCACCCAGGACUCAUGCUGCCUAUGUGGAGAAAUAUGGCAGGAACGUUCGUAUAAGGGGGCUUGGUCCUUGGGACGAACGCCUCCUUCCCCUUGACCCUGUUUCCGUUGCACACGUCUUAAAGAACAGCACAAUCUACGAGAAACCUUGGCAAUCUCGAAGACUUAUUACGAGUCUCAUUGGUUGCGGUAUGCUGGCUGCAGAAGGUCAUGUCCAUAAACGUCAACGGCGUGUCGCCAUCCCUGCAUUUUCCAUUCAGAAUAUGCGAGCACUUGUGCCACUUGUCUUUAGCAAGGGAGAGGAACUCAAAGAUAAGUGGAUGAAUAUGAGUCAGGCAGUGAAGGAGGAGAAUGUAGCCUCAGAAAAGCAGAACUCUGGUCAAGUGGAAAUUGAUAUCUGUCACUGGAUCAGCCGAGCUACUUUCGACGUUAUUGGGCUAGCAGGCUUUGACUACAACUUCAACGCCAUACAGAACGAGUCGGACGAACUCUUUGCUGCGUAUAAGGAGAUGUUUGAGAUUGCUGUCUCGCAAGGAGAUGCAGUGAGAACAGUUCUGGGGAUUUACUUUCCCAUCCUAAAUAACCUUUUCCCUGAUGAGAGGGCCAAGACCGUCCACAGAUGCCAAGAAACUAUUCGCCGUGUAGCAGGAAAAUUAGUGCAGCAGAAAAAAUCCAGAAUUAUAGAUGGACAGAAUAGCGGUUCCGCAUAUACCGGUAAAGAUUUACUGAGUCUGCUGUUGAAAUCCAAUAUUGCAACAGACCUUCCAUCAGAUCAGCGAAUUUCCGACGAAGAUAUAUUGCACAACAUUAAUACCUUCAUGUUCGCAGGGUCCGAUACGACAUCCCUAGCUCUAACGUGGACAUUCCUGCUCCUUGCAAAGCAUCCAGACUUGCAAACUCGUCUUCGUACGGAACUUCUCUCUAUCGUGCCAACUACUCCAAUAUCCCGGUUGUCAUCUGAAGAAAUUGAGUCUCUACACAACACCCUUCAGAACCUACCGUACUUGAACAACGUCUGUCGGGAGUCCUUGCGUCUGGUCCCUCCAGUCCAUUCUUCCCUCCGUGUUGCAACGCAAGAUGACGAGAUACCUGUAUCAUACCCCGUCCACUUGAGCGAUGGCACGAUCUCGGAGCAAAAGUCUAUAAGCGUGUCGAAAGGGAGCUUCGUGCACGUCCCAGUAGAGGCUUUCAACCUCGACAAGGGUAUGUGGGGACCUAACGCCUGGGAUUUUGACCCUGAUCGAUGGGAUCAUCUUUCGGAGGAUGUGCUGUCACUUCCAGGACUAUACUCCAAUCUUCUGACUUUCUCCGCUGGGCCGAGAUCAUGCAUCGGGAUGCGUUUCUCUAUGAUCGAGAUGAAGACAUUUCUCUAUAUCCUUCUGACGACUUUCAGCUUUGCCGAAACAGACAAAAGAAUCUACAAAGCCAACGUCGUUCUUACACGGCCAUAUGUUUCUGGACAAUUCAAAAAAGGAAGCCAAUGUCCACUCAUUGUAACGCCACUCGAGUCGAUUGCCACCUCCUAGGACAUAUAAGCAUAUCAAUAUAUAACACAUGUUAAGCACGCAUAUACCCCUGCAUACGUCGAGGCCGGUACACUUACGUAGGCUAUCUGUAAAUUAAUUGGACUCUAAUCCACAACAUCACUGCACCUGUGCACACAA